AACAAAUUCCAUUGAGCAAAACUGUUUGACAGUUGUAUCUCUGACUAUGUAAUACCUUAAAGUGAGAAUGGCAACAAGUGAUGAAGAUCAUGUUCCUGUCCGUGAUAGCCAUGCCGUCCAUCCAAGACAUACUGCACCAGAAGAAAUGUAUUGGCUGAGUCACAUGAAUCAAGAGGAAUUAAGAGAAAAAUAUAUUAGAAUGAGAGAUGACUUUUACACACUUAAGAAGUUCUCCUGCAGACAGGAAGACAAAAUUACAAAAUUGCAGACCAAGCUUCGUAAACUAAUUAGUGACAGGAAGAAGGGUGGUGGGACAAAGAAAACAGAUUUUAAUGCACAAGACUUGGAACACCAAGAGAUUAUUGAAACUCAGCGUCAAACUUUACGUGAAGUACAAAGUAAAAAUGAACAACUUGAGAAGAAACUGAAACUAGCGAAUAUUCAGCUAAGUGUGGCUAAAAAGAAUAAGCCUAUGCUGUUUCGGAAUGUUGGGCCACGUGUGGAUAGUGGACUCAAGCAGCCAAGGACACCUGCAAGUCCUCUAAGGAGUCAGAGAAGACCACUCUCCCGACCUGGAUCUGCAUCACUGCUCACCUCCUCAGAAAGUACCUCAAGAGCACCUUCACCACAGUCCAAAGAAAAAGCAGAUGAAGUGUUACCAGAAAAGGUGCGCUCAAUACUAGAAGAAGCGCGGGAGAAAAUCUUGGAACUGGAAAGUGAACGUGAUGAAUUGCAGGAGCACCUGAGUGAGGCACAACAGGCUGCAGAAGACACUGAAUAUGAACUGCAGCAGAAGAUAUUGCAUUUGGAGGAGGAGUUGUCGAGUCUCCGUGAUGAGCUACGUGAUCGGGGAGUGCGGGAAGAGAGGGAUUCUGUAGCUGUGGUUCGUGCACAGCGGGAAGCACGAACUAUGGCUGCACGUACUACAGCACUAGAGGAACAGCUCUCAGUUACUGAAGAGAAGGUUAUUGCAGGGAAAUCCAGAAUUGAGUCUCUUCAGAGUGAAUUAGAGAGAAUGACAAGCAAACUUUUAGCAGCAGAAAAUAAUUUGCGAGAACAACAACAAGAACAUCAGAGAACAACCGGACAGUUACAACAAACUAAUGAGAAGUGUGACAUAUUGAAGCGAGAAAAUGAACAACUGCAAAAAGAAAAUGACAGACUGUCAAAGCUCAGCUUAUCAGUAGAGCAGCGUGGCUAUCCAGCGGAGAUACAGACUUUGAAAUCACAUGUUGAACAUCUAGAGGCUGCAUUACAGACUGAUCUCAGUGAAAGAGGGAAUCUCUUAGAACAUAUGACCCAUGACAAGGAAGAACUUGCUAAGGCAGAAGUCGAGCUAAAAGAACUUCAGACGCAAAACUUGGUGCUGAAGGAAGAGCUGGAAAAGGCGUCGCAAAAGCUUAGCAUAUAUUCCAAGGCAGGAUUGCUGAACAUGACCCCAGAAGAGCUUUCAGCAGCCUCCAGGAGAGAAAAAGAAGAAAAUGCUAAUAAAAUAUCAGCAAGGGAAUUUGGAGAUCUGAAGCAAGCACACAGUGAGCUGCAGUUGUUGUAUCGAGAAAGAACGCUGGAAUUAGAAAAAACUGCAGAUGCUCUUGCUUUGCAUGGUGAUACAUACAAGAAGUUACAUAAACAAAUGGACCAUAUGGCUCAAGAAGCACAAGACAAAGAAAAACAAUAUUCAGUCUCUGUCAAGACGCUGACAGACACAAUAAGAAGAAGAGAUGAGCGAAUUGAGAAGCUAGAACAGCAGAUGUUGACCCUCACUGACAAGAACAUUAAAGAGAAGGUCGAGGAAGUUGGUUGUGACUUUUCCCAGUCAUUGAAGCUUGGAAAACAUGACAAUUUAUUAGAGUUCCACAUUGAAUGCAUGGUGUUCGAGACUCCUGCCUUCAGUCAUCAAAAGACUUUUGUGUCCUGGACUGUCCCCUUUUCUCUUGAGGAUCCAUUACAACACACUAAUGUUGGUAUUGGCACACUUGCAAAAUAUAAUCAUUCCUCGCUUUACAAGAUACACAUGAAUUACAGAAAUCUUGACUCCUUGAAAAAUGAGAUAGUUACAGUUAGUGUGUACAUUCUCUUAGACUCGGGUCAUCCUGCUAAGGUAGGAGAGUGCCAAAUAACGUUUUGUGAAGUAUUGGAUCACCCUCGAAACACACUGCAUGGCACUGUUCCUGUGCUAUUAGCCCAUGAUGAUGCAGAUGAAGCUCAGCAUCUGCCUUCAGGGCUAGAUAUUCAGGCAGGACAGGUGAUUGGAACACUGAAAUACUGGUUCCGGUUGCAGCGACCAUCAGAAGAAACUAUUGCUCUCAGUUUUGCGAAGUGUUGGUGUUUUGUGGUGCUCCCCAAAGGAAUGAUCAGGUUCCAAAAUUGGAUUCUAAAAUCAUACAAUCAAAAAAUCCAAUCAAGAGAAAAGCAAGUCUUCAGGUGGAAGAGGAAAAUUCAGGCAAGCAUCACCAAAAACCUGGUGUGCAUAAAGAACCUGAUGAAGAAGAAAUAACUAGAACAAAGCAUCCCAUUCCUGCACCAAGAGCACAAUCUCGCAUGAGUAAUUUGCACAAAACCCAAGACACUUCAUCAAAAGCGGAUAUCUCCAGUGAAUCUCAGGAAGAAAUAGGCCAGUCUCCUCACCAUACAGAAGAC